UCCGGUGGAAGAAAACAAAGGCGCCAGUAUCGUUAGCUUCCCGCUAGCAGAGGUUUUCCGUGUGUGAGGUGACAGUCUGAGUCUGCGCAGCAACAAUGUGUUCAGUUCAGCCUCUGAGAGAGUUUAUCAGAGAGAAACUAACUGCUGCUGCUGAAGAAAUCUUCUCACAGGUGGAAAAAACCAUCGUCCAGUACGAGGAGGAGAUCGACCGUCAGCGCAGACUGCUGGACCUCACCUGGAGACCCCGGAUCAGCUUACAGCGAGCAGACCUCCCACAACAUUAUAUCUGUAAGGAGGAGGAGGUUCAGACGGAGCAGCAGCUCUGCAACCAGGAGGGAAACUCGUGUUUGGAUCAGGAGGAAAUAGAACCUGUGCAGAUUAAAGAGGAAAACAAUGAACUCUGCAUCAGUGAGGAUGCAGAGCAGCUUGUACUGAAAGAGGAGACUGACGCCUUUAAGGUGAGUCCUGUUUCUGUGCAGGAAUCCCCCCUAGAACCAGAACCAAACAUAGACCACAAGCAGGAGACGGAAACCUUUAUAAGUCCUGUUUCUGAUGACGAAGACCUGAGAGAACCAGAACCAAACACGGACCAGAACUUCCCUGAUGUGGAGUACCAAAGUCAGGAAGAAAGCACUAAUGAAGACUCGGGAUCAGGCACAGAUGAAGAGUUGGAGCAACGAAGGAGAAGGGGCAAAACAAAACUAAAAAGGCACAAAAAAAGUGACACAGAUUAUAAUCUGUCAUCUUGCAAAAUAUGUCGGAAAACAUUUACUCAGAAGUACUUGAUUGCCCACAUGAGAACUCACACAGGUGAAAAACCUUUCAAAUGUUCUACCUGUGGAAAAAGGUUCAUUCUCAAAAGUCAUUUGAAAAACCAUGUGAAAAUCCACAGUGGUGAGAAGCCUUUCUCAUGUCAGACAUGUGGAAAAAGUUUCAUUCAGAGGAUGAAUUUAACUCUUCACAUGAGAACUCACACCGGUGAGAAACCGUUUUCAUGUGAAAUCUGUAAUAAGAACUUUGCUAGCAGGAGUCAGUUAACAACGCAUGUGAGAACUCACACAGGAGAGAAACCUUAUGCAUGUAAAACCUGUGGGAAAAGUUUUAGUACCAGAGGUACUUUGAUUAGCCACAUGAGAAGUCAUACAGGGGAGAAGCCUUUCUCAUGUCAGAUCUGUGGUCAGAGUUUCACUCAGAAACCAGGUCUCAAAGUUCACUUGAGGAAACACACUGGAGAGAAACCGUUCAUGUGUCAGACCUGUGGGAAAAGUUUCAAUCAGAAAAGUGCUUUGCUCACACACAUAAGAACUCACACCGGUGAAAAGCCAUUUUCAUGUUUGACUUGUGGACUAAGCUUCAUCAUGAAGAGCAGUUUGACUCAGCACAUAAGAACGCACACCGGGGAGAAGCCUUACUCCUGCCAGAUCUGUGGGAAACGAUGCAGUUUGAAAGGAAAUCUGAAGUUCCACAUGAGGAUUCACACAGGAGAAAAACCUUACUCGUGUCUAACCUGUGGAAAAAGCUUUGCAGUAAAAUGUCAAUUAACUCGUCACAUGAGAACUCACACUGGUGAGAAACCUUUCUCAUGUCAGACCUGUGGAAAAGGUUUUACCAAGAACCUUUAUUUAAUUGCCCACAUGAAAACUCACACAGUCUGCGCAGCAACAAUGUGUUCAGUUCAGCCUCUGAGAGAGUUUAUCAGAGAGAGACUAACUGCUGCUGCUGAAGAAAUCUUCUCACAGGUGGAAAAAACCAUCGUCCAGUACGAGGAGGAGAUCGACCGUCAGCGCAGACUGCUGGACCUCACCUGGAGACCCCGAACCGGCCAGAACCCUGCAGGCCUUCAACGUCACUUCACCAGUGAGGACCUUUCUGCUGACCAGGAGGGGAGCUCCAGUCCAGACCAGGAGGCACCAGAACCUGCGCAGGUGAACAGAGAACUGGAGGAGGUCUGCACCAAUCAGGAUGAAGAGCUCGUGCUGAAGCAGGAGACUGAUGCCAUUAUGGUGACUGUUGAUUAUGAUGAAAGGGAGCACGGCGAAGUGGAACCAAGUAGUGAGCAGCUCCUCUUUCAGAACCAUCCUGAAGCUGACAAUCAAAAUCAGGAGGAAAGAAUGAACAAAGUCCUGAAACAGACGAAAAAAGCUGAGAAAACCAGAAAUCCCAGCGAGAGACCGGACCUUCUGUCAAAUAACGCAGAGAAGAAUCUGUAUCCGUGUCCGAUUUGUGGAAAAUGUUUCGCUAAGAACAGUUACUUAACCAAACACAAGAGGAUUCACACGAGCGAGAAGCCAUUCGUCUGUGAUCAGUGUGGGAAGGCUUUCAGCAACACCAGUUAUUUAGCUAAUCACAAGAAAACCCACAGCGGCAUGAAGCCUUUCGCGUGUCUCAUCUGUGGAAAAGUUUUCACACAGCAAAUCCACGUCACCGACCACAUGAGGAUCCACACAGGAGAGAAGCCUUUCCCCUGCACCACCUGUGGAAAAUUCUUCAGGCAGAAAAGCAGCUUAAAUAAACACCUGAGAACUCAGCAUCAGAAGCUGGAGCCAUAAUCAAUUUCAGCAGAAGUCCAGUCUGGCCUGAAGCUGCAACCCACUCGGGAUUUCAGUGGAUCUGUUUCAGUUCUGACCGGCUCUAAGCUACAGGUUGCUCCUGUCUCCUGGAGUCCUCUGAGGUCUGUUAAACUGAGCGGAGCGGCUGGUUAGACGGCUGAUGGAGAGCAGGAACAUCUUCAUUAGAUUGUUCUUCUUUCUUCUCUAACUUUCCUGCUUUUAAAUCCCACUUCCUGUCCUUUAACACGUCUGAUAAAGCCUGCAUGUUUCUCCACUCUCACAGCAGAACCGGUUCUGGCAUAGAACAGUCAGGAGCAGAGCUGGAGAUUUGAAGGGCCGCUGAGCUGCAGUGAUGAUCCCAGGCAUCUUGAUCCAGGGAUUUGUGGAAGUUUGAAGCGUCACUUUUCCUCGUUCAGCUUCAGCAGAUGCAGAGGAAACCUGUUCAAGAGCUCCGGCCACAACAACCAGCUGAUUAGAUGGAUAAAAAAAAUCAACUUCUGAUUGUUUUUACGUCCACAAUCUAACAAAUGCUAACAUAUUGAAAACAGACAAAAUAAUAAAAGAUAAAGUUUUUAGUAAAACUGAGCAGUUCCUUCCCCUAAUUAUAAAAAAGAUCAUAAAAAUAAAUUUAGGGCAACUUUAACAGUUUAAAUUGGAUUAAUGUAAAUCCCAAUAAUCCAGUGUGAAGAAUGAUUACAGCCUCUAUUCAACAAGUUGCUGCAGAAGACUUUAAAUCUCAGGCGAACUCAACAGUUUAACCUUUUGAUGAAUAGUUUUAGGUCAUUUUCCCAGCAUUUAGCAGCUAAUAUCCAUUGUGUGACAUCCAGAGCCCUUUAGAAACACGCCUGCAUUCAGAUGGACUCACUCCAGUCGGCUGAGCAAAACCAAUGAGGCAACGUUAGAAAAUGAGCACCAGUAGAUCCAACAGAGAACUGCAAGAUCUGAGAUCUUCUGUUAGUGAUCAGACAGCUGCUACAGUUCUUAGUUCAGUCGGUCUGCUGUGAACAAGUCCUUGGUUGUGAUCUUAUCGCUCAAAAUGGCUGCUUAUUGUUCCAUGGGGGGGGGGGGCUCUGUGGGUUCUGCUGCAGUGGCAGAAGUCACCAUGGUAUCAGUGGUUCAGUUCUGGACUAAACACAAAAAACUGCCAGGGUCAAAGAUCUCGAGUAGAAACUAAAAAGUCACUUUGAAUUUGAUUGUUGUUUCAGCUGAUGGUGACAGUCUGGGUCGGUGGACAAGCUGUGGUCAGUUCUGUAACAUUGGAGCGGCGAAAGGCGGGUCGGCUGCUGUUCUCAUGACGAGUGUUUGAGCGUGGACGCAGUCAUUUCUGAGAUGCUCGGUGCUUUUAUUCAGUUACAUGAAAUGUGUCUCUGGACGUUCCCACGAAGAACGGCGUCAUAAGCAGUUUUUAACAUUCGUUCUCAACUCGUCGACCUGCCUGAGAAAAGCUGGAAACUGAAACGGUAAAAACCGUGGGGUGAGGGGGGUUCUGCAGGAAGCUGUCUGUCCAGAACCGCUCACUCUGCUUCCUGGGUUCUAUUUAGCUCUCAUGCAUUAAAAUAGCGACUAGUUUCUCUGGAGAAAAGUUAUGAAUGACGUUGACCUAACAGGAACUGACCCGUUUGGACUUGAACUUGAAACGUAAACAGUCUUCUCUACGUCAUCAACUACUUCCUGUUCCAUUUUAAAGGAACAAUCCACAGGUUUUCCUGCCUUCUCGCAGCUAAACUACAGCUGAUUAAAUGUAGACUGUAUAUUUUAGUUUUCUGUGCAGGUUGAUCAUUGCUGAUACACCGAGUCAUCGCUUUUUAGCUUUCAUGUAGUUUUGCUAUAAAUGUUUUUUUUUCUGCUGCUGUUGAAUAUUUAUGUGAAAAAAUAUUUUUCCGUACAAACAUACUUAAUAAUAAAUCUCUGAUUCUGAAUA